AUGUCAGUUCCAAUUAUUCUUCUUCGUGAAGGCACACAAACAAAACAAGGACGUGGACAAAUUCUAAGCAAUAUUAGUGCUUGUUGUGCUGUUGCUGACAGUGUUAGAACUACGCUUGGACCUAGAGGAUUGGAUAAAUUGUUGGUAGACCGUAAAGGUUUGGAUCGAUUUUUUGAGUUGAUUUUUUCGAGGAGAAGGGGGGGGGGAGUUGCUUAAACCCGGAGGAUUUUUUGUUGUUUUCCUAUAAGCAUGGGAGAUCGGAGUUUGUUAACUUGGUCCAAAUACCUAUGAAUUUGAUUUUUGGGCUCCUUUGGAGUUUCCCUGGCCGAAGUUUUCAGUGACUUGUUUGGGCUGUGGAUUCGAAACUUAUUUCCAAAAGCCAAACUUUGGUCGUCCCUAUUUUUGUGUAGGCAAUGCGUUGUAUGGAAUAUGGGGAUCGAGCUUGGUAAUAGCCAGAACACAGACCUUUUG